ACAGGUGAGCAGUGCUGUAUUAAACUGUAAGACUGGGGUUGAGUGCAGUCGUACUGUAGUAAAGAGAGAGAAAGAGAGAGAGAGAGAAGAGCAGUGAUUGGAUCAGAUGGCGACCCCCAGGAGACCCGUACGCCCAAAAUCUCUACUGCCCACCUGCUACCACGAGGGCUUUCUGGAGAAGAGAUCUUUCAAAGAUAAAGUUGCAAGGAGACUUUGGGCCUCCCUGUGUGGAAAUUCACUCUUCUUCUUCAACAACAGCAAAGAAAAUGACUACGUGGAGAAGCAGGAUCUAUCAGACUUCAUAUCUAUGACUGAUGACCCCAGUCAUGACCGUAAUCUGGACGCGGCGAGGUUCAAUCUGCGCCUAAAGAACCAAGACAUCCAGCUGACUGCUCCGAGCCUCGAGGCGCGAGAGCUGUGGAAAGGCUUCAUCUCCUCCGUGGUUGAGCUCACAGUGCCCAGCUCCCUCAACCUGCUGCCCGGUCAGCUCCACAUGCUGAGGGAGGUGGUGGAGAAAGAGAGACUGAGACGGAAACCCCUUCCUUCCACUCCCGCACCUGCACCUGCCCCGACACCUGCACUCACACCUACACCUGUACCAGCACCUACACAAGCACCUGCACCUGCUACUGUAACUGUGGCUACACCCAUGAGUCCCACAGCACUCUACAUUGACGUCUUGUCAGAAAUGCCAGUGUGUUAUCAGCCGGUGCCUCGAGCUGAAGCUGAGCUCAUUCUGGAGAGGAAUCAGGAGAAGGGAAACCUGCUGCUGAGACCCGGACGAGACGGCUCGUCUUUCGCUGUUUCAACCCGACAGGACCUCAAUGGGUCAGUGUUUAGACACUACCGCGUGAGCCGGAGGCAGGAGGGUGGAUUUGCCAUCGACAUUGAGAAUCCAAUUCCAUGUGAAACCCUGCAUGAUGUUAUCACUUGUUUGGUGGAUAUGACUGGAGGACUGCUGAAGCCGUUAGUGCUGGAGGGAGCUUAUGAAGAUAACAUUGUAUUCGUGGACAGCAACAAAGAAAGUGGGGAGAAGAGUUUCAUUUCUGCCAGCCCACCACCCCUAACCGGGGCCCCUAAACCAGUUCCAAAACCGAGAGCAGACACCGCUCCUGUUCAGUCUGAGAGUUCCAACGAAUACAUGAUACCUGAGAUGGAGGUGGACAGGGGAGAUGAAGGAGCAGCUGCUCCAGCCCCUUUACCGCAUCAUGGCCCAGUGCCAUCAUUCUUACAUCAGCAGAUCACUCACCCUGAAGGCCUGACUGUCAGCAGAGGUGGCGCUCUGCUUCCGCCCAGCCACCCGUUGCCAACAGUUCGUCCGCGCACAAUGUCAGAGAUGACCAGAACAAACCAGGCGCUGCCUCCGAUACCUGGCACAGAGAGCCUGUCUCGAAUGUUCUCUGCAGGAGUUUCUCAAGAGCUGAGAGAGAAGCUGCUGAAGAGGCAGCGUAUUUCAGAGUGACCAGUGACCCCGUCUGCACAAAGAAAUGAAGAAAUAAUGAAGGAAUUAAAAGACCCGGGAACCCCUCCUGAAGUAUCCAAUCAGCUGUGAAUGUCUGUGUGUGAGUUACUGUAUUUGUGAGAGUGUUGUCCAGCUGGCUGGACCAGCAUGGACGUGAGUAAUCAGGAAGAUUGAUUUGUAUUGAUCCUCUGCAGUGAUAUAUUAAACUUUACUUGUUUUUAAUUAGUGAACAGCAGCAGUAUGGCUGUGAAUCUGCUUGUAAGUGUCGUGAUCAUUUUUAUUCCCGCCUACAGUAAAUCACUGUGUAUCUGUAUAGCAUUAUUGCUAAUUUAAGUCCAUUUUUUCUUACAGUAGGGUGACCAUAUAUGUAAUUAUGAAUAGAGAACACUGAGGGAAUGCAGGCAUCUACUCUGGUUGGGAUGUUGUGGCUUGGGGGGGGGGCUUCAGAUAUGCCUAACCGUUGUCUACAUACACACAGAUAAUUUUUAACUGUAAGUGUUUGGCUGGUUUGGCUUUCCGUUUACUCACCAAUGUCAUUUUCCACUGUAACAGGAUUGAGAUGAGGGCUUUGACUUCCUCAUUUUUUAAAUUAUUCUUUGAGGCGUUCCUUCAUGGAGUUAGUGGAAUGCUUUGGGUCAUUGUCAUGUUGCACGGUCCACCUCCUCUUCAGUUUUUGGUAAAUAAUUCUUAGUGGAUUUAUGAUAGAGAGCUUCCCAGGCCCCAAACUACAACAUUUUUACCUCCAUGCACAGAUUAACAUUAGUAAAAGCAGUGCAGUAGUAUUAUGCAGUUUAUUAUAACAGUUUUAUACAGAUGUACCUUUUUUUUAAAUAUUGUAAAAUUAUCUAAAUGUUUAACUAGUUGACACACUGUUAACUAUAUCCACUGUUUGCCAAUAUUCAAGGCAAAUAGAAUAAAUGGAAGAUUUUAACAUUUAACUACUAAAAAUAAUCAAUACUGUUAAACUCUUCUUCAAUAUAUCAGUGUAAAAACAUAACAUAUGGUCACUCUACUUACUAUAGCUUUUUCGUAACAGUAUUCUAAUGUACAGUGAAAAUGUGACUACAGUGACUUAAGUGUACUGGUUUGUUAAUCAUUCAUUUUUAUAGUUUUGAUUGUAGCGUGUAAAAGUAGGAGUGGUGAACUCUGGUGCAGUAACACUGAUAGUGUAUAAUUACGCACUGUAAAACUGACAUCUACAACUGUAGAUCCUGUUCAAAUAAAACCAUAUGUAUAAUAAACUGAAAAUGUUAAA